UAAAACACAUACAGAGGUCCAGGUUUCCGAAAGCCAGGAAAAGGCCCCGCUGGGGCUGCGAUCUCAUCUCCAUGCCUGAACCCUCCUAGGAGACCGGUGAUGCCAAGGCCACUGCGAGGAACGGAGAAGAGUCGGGGUUGAACCCCAAGCUGAGUUGAGGGCUCACGCUCUUCUGGUUCCCUGGACCUACCCCCAUUUGAAGAAAUGAGUGGUGGAUUGGCUCCAAGUAAGAGCACAGGGUAUGUGUCCAACUUGCCCUUUUCUCUGACAAACAAUGACUUAUACAGGAUAUUUUCCAAGUAUGGCAAAGUUGUAAAGGUUACUAUAAUGAAAGAUAAAGAUACAAGGAAGAGUAAAGGAGUUGCAUUUAUUUUAUUUUUGGAUAAAGAUUCUGCACAAAACUGUACGAGGGCAAUAAACAACAGACAGUUGUUUGGUAGAAUGAUAAAAGCAAGCAUUGCUAUUGACAAUGGAAGAGCCGCUGAGUUCAUCCGAAGGCGAAACUACUUUGAUAAAACUAAGUGUUAUGAAUGUGGGGAAAGUGGACAUUUAAGUUAUGCCUGUCCUAAAAAUAUGCUUGGAGAACGUGAACCUCCAAAGAAGAAAGAAAAAAAGAAAAAAAAGAAAAUUCCUGAACCAGAGGAAGAAAUUGCAGAAGUAGGAGAAAGUGAAGAUGAAGGGGAAGAUCCUGCUCUGGACAGUCUCAGUCAGGCCAUCGCAUUCCAGCAAGACAAAAUUGAAGAAAAACAAAGAAAAUGGAAACCCAGUUCAGGGGGCCCCUCAACGUCAGAUGAUUCAAGACGUCCGAGGAUAAAGAAAAGCAACUACUUCAGUGAUGAGGAAGAACUUAGUGAUUAAAAUUUUAUUUUUUAUGUAAAUAUAAUUAAAAUUUUAAAAGUUUGGGAGCACAAAGGUCACUUGGGGACUAAAGAUGACUGUUAGGAUUUCAGCAUAUGAAUACUAAAUGCCAGAUAGUUUUCUAAUAUAAAAUAGUUCGUAAGAAAUUAAAACAAUUUUAAAGUAUCAUGUUUCUGUCUGGCUUUAGCACACU